AUAAUAAUAUAUUAUCACUUUAUACUUCCUGAGUCUGCAAUGGCCAUAGCCAACUAGAAUAUAUGCUCAUGCAUCUCUUAUUACGUGUAAUUCCUUAGGAACCAAUCAUCACCUCAAAAAACCUCCAUAUUAUUUCACUUCUCUCUCUAGAAAUAAUACAAUGCAUCAAAUGAAAUCUUUACUCUUCUUUCUUUUUGUUGUUGCUUCAUGUUGUGCUGUUAGCAUCGACCAGAUAAAGUGUGGAUCAUGUCCUUGUGUCAACCCUUGUGCCCAGCUGCCUCCUCCUCCACCGCCGCCGCCGCCGAAGACGACAUAUUGCUCUCCUGUGGCGCCACCACCUCCCAGGUUUAUUUAUGUGACUGGUGUCCCUGGAAAUGGAAAUUUGUAUGUAACUGAUGAGAAUUGGAACUAUUUUAGUGGUGCUUCUACCCGUUAUUCUGUUACAGUAUGGCUGGUUGGUUUCGGUUUUGCAAUUCUACACUUGAUUAUGAUCAUAUGGUGAUUUAAUUUUAUAUGGAAAUGGUUAUUAAGGUUUUUAUUUAGUAAAUUAUUCUUCAUUGCUUAAUUAGGUCAUGAUAUUGUAUUUAGUAUUAAUAAGAAAGGCCAAUUCUCUUGUUCAAAGUAUGAUAAGCAAUUUAUGUCAAAAAAAAAGUAUAUAUGCUUAGCCAAGUGGAAUAUUUUCCUCGUUGAUGUAUUAAUCUAAACUAAUAAUUGUUGUAUAUUAUGAUAAUUUUAUCAA